AUGAAAGGAAGCAAUCAAACUCUCCUCUCACAGUUCCUCCUCCUGGGUCUGCCCAUCCAGCCCGAGUAUGAACACCUGAUCUAUGCCUUAUUCCUUGCCAUGUAUCUUACCACCAUCCUGGGGAACCUCACCAUCAUCAUCCUCAUACAACUGGACUCUCAUCUCCACACGCCCAUGUAUUCUUUUCUCAGUAACUUGUCCUUCUCUGACCUCUGCUUUUCCUCUGUCACAAUGCCCAAGUUGCUGAAGAACAUGCAGAGCCAAGUUCCAUCCAUCCCUUAUGCAGGAUGCCUGGCCCAAAUGUACUUCUUCUUGUUGUUUGGAGACUUGGAGAGCUUCCUCCUUGUGGCUAUGGCCUAUGACCGCUAUGUGGCCAUCUGCUCCCCACUGCACUACAGUAGCAUCAUGAGUCCCAAGCUUUGCGUGUGCGUGGUGGCGCUGUCCUGGGUGCUGACCACGUUCCAUGCCCUGUUGCACACCCUGCUGAUGGUCAGAUUGUCUUUCUGUGGAGACAACGUCAUCCCCCACUUCUUCUGUGACAUGUCUGCCCUGCUGAAGCUGGCCUGCUCUGACACUAGUAUUAAUGAACUGGUGAUAUUUGUCAUGGGAGGCAUCAUUCUUGUCAUUCCAUUUCUACUAAUUAUUAUUUCCUAUGCUCGAAUUGUGUCCUCUAUUCUCAAGGUCCCUUCCACUCAACAUAUCCAUAAAGCUUUCUCCACCUGUGGUUCCCACCUCUCUGUGGUGUCGCUGUUCUAUGGUACAGUCAUUGGUCUCUACUUGUGUCCAUCCACUGAUAAUACCACUGUGAAGGAGACAGUCAUGGCUCUCAUGUAUAUGGUGGUGACUCCCAUGCUGAACCCCUUCAUCUAUAGCUUGAGGAACAGAGACAUGAAGGAAGCCCUGAGAAGAAUCAUUUGUAAGAAAAUUUUCUUUUGUCCAUGA